AUGGCUGAAGAGCUGAGCAAGAACUUCGAGACCCUCCAGCUCCACGCGGGUCACGAGCCUGACUCGGCCACGAACUCCAGAGCUGUGCCCAUCUACGCGACGACAAGCUUUACCUUUAAUGAUUCGGCACAUGGCGCGAGGCUGUUCGGCCUCCAGGAAAACGGCAACAUCUACAGCCGCCUCAUGAACCCCACCGUCGAUGUCUUCGAGAAGCGCAUCGCAGCCCUCGAGGGCGGCGCGGCAGCCGUCGCCACCGCGUCCGGCCAGGCCGCCCAGUUCAUGACGAUAGCGGCGCUGGCGCACGCCGGCGACAACAUCGUGUCGACGUCCAACCUCUACGGCGGCACCUACAACCAGCUCAAGGUGAUGCUGCCGCGGUUCGGCGUGACGACAAAGUUCAUCGACGGCGACAAGCCCGAGGACUUUGGCGCGGCCAUCGACGACAAGACCAAGGCCGUCUACAUCGAGAGCAUCGGGAACCCCCGGUACAACGUCCCCGACUUCGAGGCCAUUGCCAAGGUUGCGCAUGAGAAGGGCAUCCCCCUUGUUGUUGACAACACCUUUGGCGCCGGAGGUUACUUUGUGCGCCCCAUUGAGCAUGGUGCUGAUAUUGUGGUACACUCGGCGACCAAGUGGAUUGGAGGCCACGGGACCACGAUCGCGGGCGUCAUCGUCGACAGCGGCAAGUUCGACUGGGGCGCCAACGCGGCGCGGUUCCCCCAGAUGGUCGAGCCGUCCGAGGGCUACCACGGGCUCAAGUUCUGGGAGACGUUCGGCCCCGUGACCUUCGCCGUCCGCGCACGCGUAGAGAUCCUGCGCGACCUCGGCGCCUGCCUCAACCCCUUCGGCGCCCAGCAGCUGCUCCUCGGCAUCGAGACGCUGAGCCUGCGGGCGGAGCGCCACGCGCAGAACGCGCUCGCGCUGGCCAAGUUCCUCGAGAAGAGCCCCUACGUCAACUGGGUGUCGUACCCGGGGCUCGAGAACCACCCGAGCCACGGGCUGGCCAAGAGGUACCUGCGGCGCGGGUUCGGCGGCGUGCUGAGCUUCGGCGUCAAGGGCGGCGGCGCGGCCGGCAGCCAGAUCGUCGACGGCUUCAAGCUCAUCUCCAACCUGGCCAACGUCGGGGACUCCAAGACGCUCGCCAUCCACCCCUGGAGCACCACGCACCAGCAGCUGUCGGACGACGAGAAGGCCAGCUCCGGCGUCACCGAGGAUCUGAUCCGCAUCUCGGUUGGCACGGAGCACAUUGACGACAUCAUUGCCGACUUUGAGCAGUCGUUCAAGAAGGCCGAGGCGGCGACCCCCCGGGGCGAGGAGACGGACGCGGGGGCGCAGCCGAAGAAGGAUGAAGCGGCGCCUACGGUUGUUUAG